AAUGAACUCGGUGCUCACACGGAAUAUUAUGUAAUGCGGCGCUGUGAGCAACGGAACAACACGAUUUGAAUUCACAAAUCAAAUCAGCCAAAUCUUUUCAAGUCCAGCUAUCUCAAUGAACGUUUGAACACUUUCUCACACAUGGCUGCGCCAUUACUUAUGCAAACUGAAUUGAUAGAUCUCGCCGAUAGCAGAACUUCUUCAAAAUGGUUCUGCCCACGUGGCAGCCGCAGACUUGCAACUCAGGGUAGCUAUGACGUCAAUUCGCAAAUUAGAAUGUCGGGAGCAUGGACCGGCGUAUGCGUGCAUGACACAAGAUCACCAUGAUUGCUGGCAUCUUUGCACUUAUAUACUGUGCUCCUGGGCCAAUAUGACCUCCCCCUCCCAACGAGCCUUCUCGAUCUUGAUUCUUCGCGACACGACCUUAUAACAAAAGUUAACAAUGCGUGCUUGCCUCGCAGUACUUUUAUCAGCGGCUGCUACCCUUGUUUUGUCUCAUCUAAAUCCUUGGACCGAGUCUUUUUUGGGGGUGUCGACUCUGUCGAGUGCACCAUACAAUAUCUUCGGGGUGUCGAGUUUAACAUACAAACAAUGGGGCAGUGACGUUCUCUGGGAGUGCAGCCCAACCUGUGACCUUUUCCAAACCGGAUUUAAUGCUGCAUGUACUAUGGCUGGCGCAUCAUGCUACACCCAGUCCUUUCAAACAAGCUACUACAACUGUGUGUUAUGCGCUGGCGCUGUAAUUGAUGGUACAGAUUACACAGUGGCACAAGCUGAUAUGGACGACUUCUACGUCUCUUGCUGCGAUUGCGGCUAUCCACUCCAAAAGCUCACUUUGCCUGGUCAAGACCCGUCCCGCACUCCCUCAACCUAUUCCCGUGUUAGCACUUCUAGCAUUUAUCGUACCUUACCAUCCGAUUGGUUCACUAUGUUUGAGUGGUCACCUCCGUCUGAGUCGACAACUAUAUCCAUAUCUUUACUUCCGUCCAUAACUACAUCCAUGCCGUCACUUCCGUCCAUCUAUUUGGGGACCUUUACGUUCCCUCCAUGCACUUCCACGCCUCAGGCUUCCUAGCGACCUGCCAAAGUUAUGGUGACUUCGUCCACAUCCACGCCCAGUGCGGCAUUAGGACUAAGUGCAGGAGGAAGCGGAGCUUGGUCUUUGGUUUCUGGUGCUAUAGGAUUAGGAUUGAUUAUGUUUUAGAGAAGCAGAACAGAACAUUGACUGGGAACACUGCUGUAUCACUUUUCUCACUGGAUCGGCGCUCGCAAAUGUCUUUCCAUCUAGGGGAUCUGUACAGGUGCUGUGCAAUGUACAAAGUAUGCGAACU